AUGGCAAACUUCCCACCAUGGCAAUCAACCGGACAGCAAAUCCGUAAAUGGAUACAAAGCGCGAACGAGCCAGGAUGUACAGUUUCCCGAAUCACACUUACCCUGGAUACCUUGCCACCCCACCGCACAGACUGGGAUAUCAACUCCGAAGCCGAGCACCUAGACCCAGAGCACUACAAGUGGCUCGAGCACGUCGGCAUCCCGACCACAGCCGACAGGCUGAGCCGAACAUCGGCAUACUGGGGAACCAUAGUCAUGAAGAGUGAAGGAGCGCUAACUAGCUGGACAGGCAUGACCGGACCGUCAGUGAUCUUCAUCAACAAGGUUGAGCGAGCGCGGAACUCCAAUGAUCCGUAUAUGUCUGAGCUGACGCACGCAGUUUAUACCAAGGAUUUCAAGAUCGAAGGCCUCAAACAUAUCUGGGUGACGGAUAUUCAGAAUGACGACACUGCACUCUUUGUCAAUAAGCAUGUCUAUGCCCCCGGUACGGAACUGCAGUAUCCCCGCGAUGCUGUCAUUACUUGGGACCCCUCGUACCCUCAUUUUGAUGCUUUACUCGGUACACCGAUGGGUAAGAUCGUUGGUUAUUUCAUCCUUGGGGCCUUUGGUCAGGGCGUGAGACGUAUCUCGCACAUCUCUGUUUUCCGAUCUUUUGGCGCCCCGCAACUGCGCUUUGAUAUUGCGCCUGUCUGA